AAUGGUUAACUCCACCCCUCCUCCCCCACCUCCUUCCUGUUUGCGCUCCGCUGCCCAGUCUCAUACUAUGGCAUUUUACGUCAGAGUGCAGCUGGAGCCAAUCGGGAGCUCUGGGCCGCCCCCUCUGCAGCUCGACUCCACCCCUCCUUCUGGCCACAUAUAUAGCAGCGCUCAUUCUGUUGGCUCGAGUGUUCAACGUGCUGCUGUGGGCUCGAGAGACAGAGAGCCGUGGCACUGACAAAAUCCACCGACAUCGAGAGUGGAUCUCCACGUUUCCUUGCCUAAAUUGCCUUUCUUCCCAGAGCGUCUCGCUCAUAACCCAGCGCAUCUUUAUUGUUUUGUUCCCAGCAUCCGGUCGCAAGAUGGGAUGCACCACAGGGCACUUCACUUGCCAACCGCAGACGACGGCGGCGGCCCCGAACCCCGAAGGCCAGCAGCAAGAAGGAGCACCCAAAGUCCCAGAGGUGCUGUCGUCCCUAGAGAGGCUCUCGCAAGCCACCGGAGGGAUGGAGAAGUCUUGGUACCGCUGCAUCUUUCCGUUCGGGAUCAUCUCGCUGGUGAUCGGAGUGGCUGGAACCGGGGUGACGUACACGUACAACGAUCUCCCGCAAACUAAGGUGGUUUCCGUGAUCCUGUUGAUUGCGGGGCUGGUCCUGGUAGUGAUGGCGACCGCUUGCUGGACGGUCCAUAAGAAGAAGCGCAGGAAAAAGAAGGAAGGGGGUUCCUUCAGCUCAGAACAGUGUCCCUUGUGAGAGAGCCCCCCCCCCAAAACAAAACAAGAUCUCUGUCCACUCAGGUAUCCGUGAGGGACAAGUCGCAAAGUCGCCGAAUCCCGUGGAAAGUACGGCGCAAGGCUGGCAUGAGGGUUCAACCAGAGUCACGCAUGCAGUUUACCGUCGCUCAGCAGGUGUCUGGUAUCAAAACAAGCCUGGAGAGGGACACACACUCACACACACACACACAGGACACUUAACACUAGCCUGCGAGCCUCUCGCGGAGCCUCUGCUGUCGUCAACGCCGCUGUCAGUCUCCUGCAUUCCUGUGACGCCGAAGAAGUGGGCCAGUGGCGGCAACCGGACACCGCGACGAAAGAGGAGUUCACCUCCGUCACCGUCGCACGUCAUUCGCCCAUCCAGUGACACCGUAGCAAUGCGCGAGCUUUUUUACGGAGUGGAACCUGAACCAGCGUCUGCUAGCUAGAACCGGCAGCUGCGGAUCAGGAUAGGAAGAAAGCACGGACUGGCGAGGUCGAGAAUGUGUCCGUCCGCGCGUGUGUGUGUGUGUGCGUAAUGUGUGCGCUGGAUGGACUAGAGAGAGACAAGACACCUGCUCGGCCUCUUUCGCUGUCAGCCCUCCGUCAAUCGUAGCCACUAAUGAUUUAGGACAGGGGUGCAGCGCCUGAUUUGAAGGACGGAAAGAUCCGAGCUUGAUUUAUUGGGAGUUUUACACAGUGUACAGUGUGUUGCAAGAGAGCUUUGCAUUGGAUUGUGUGCGCGUGCGACUGUAUGUGAGUCUGUCUGGCAAAUCCAAGACUCUUCAAGGACCUCAUAUAGACGGUAUUCGGGAAAACGACAACAGAGGAGUUUUAAAACAGACACGGUGCAGAGAAAGGCAAGCAAGCCGAAGGUCCUUUUGUUCUGAGACAGCCAGAAAAGAAAACUCAUUUCCUGUCUGACAGAUGAGCAGGAUUACUAGGGGAGGAAAAAAAAGAUGCCACAAGGGUACACUAGAAGUCAAAAGUGUCAGUGGAGUUUUGUUCUUGUUUCAGUGCCUUGAGCAAGCAAUAGGACUUAGCAUGGUACCGUAGCUAUGUUUUACCCCUCCGUCUCUCUUUUCCUCUCCCAGUGCCAGCUUUAAAACUCAAACUCAGCUAUUUUAGCACGGCCUUCUCGCCCCCAAAAACAACACGCAUGAAUACGUCGUCGCUUUGACCUGGUCAGAGCCCACAAAGGCUGGAGCUUACAUCCGUUUUCACAAUGGGAACACUGCUUAUUUACACUGCCUUGAUCUGGGAAGCAUUUGGCACGUUUUGUUAUGGAUACAGUGGGUGGGUAGCAGAUAAUGAAUUAAAGGGACAGGUCAGCUAAAAAUGAAACUUCUGUCAUCCCUGUGUCGUUUUAAGUCUGUGCAGCUGACCUUCUUUUAAAGGAGGACAAAACGAUGUAUUGUGAAACUCGGUGGGGUCCAAAAAAGCUCUUUUGAUGUUCUGCACAUUAACAGAACAGAAAAAAAAAACGUACCUUCUUUUAUGUUCCCUAGUAGAAAGGAAGUCGUACCAAUUUGAGGGCGAGGAAAUGACAGAAUUUUCCUUUUUGGGAAAGUUUAGCCUUCAGAUGUCUCGUAAAUCCUGUUAACACUCUGUGUGAAGACUAAAAUUCGGAGACGGGCAAAAAUCCAUACCAAUUCAGAGGUUAAUGCCCUUUUCCUUUCGCUAAAAGCUUAUCGAUCGAGAUGUUUUCCGCGAUGUUGAGGAGUGUAUGUGAGAAUCCUUGUGCAUAAGAGAAAGAAAAGAAACAGGAUUAACAACCUUGAGUACUUGAAAAAGGCUGUUUUUGAAGCGUUUAGCUCUUAGCAGAUGUGCUAAGCACGCCUUACCCAACUUGUCUGAGCCCCGAGGGAGAUUUUAUUGCUCUUUCAUUGCUCAGAUUUCAUCUUCACUUAUGUCUCGGAUGCUUUACCUAAAAUUACUUCCAACAAACAAAAAUGCAGGCAACUAGCGUUUAGAGCUCUAAAAGCAAAUCCGGAUAUCUGAAGUAAUUUGCCCUCGCGAGAUAACAUCUGUGUUCUUUUUGCGAUCCCCGACUUCUGGUUGCACGUUUUGAGAAAACGCUGGUGAAAUUACCGUCCAUCUCUUAAUCUCAUUGGAGAAACGUUUUAAGAUAUCGACGAGAUCUCAGUUGUGCUUAAAUAGACGCAAGUUGAAGAUUAUGGCUUUUGUGACUACAAGCGUGUUUCUGGAGCGAACGCGGGCGCAUGGCAUGCACAUCCAGGUGGAACUGAUUUCUAACAGUGAUGUCUGAACACACGUCUAUGGAUAAACACAGUGCCUUUUUGUCGACUGAUGUACGUGCUGUAAAGCUGCCUGUGCCUCCUUAGCAUUUUUCAUUGCUUCACGCCAGAAUGGGGUUUCUGUCCCUUUACAGAAACAGAUAGCCCGCCUUGUUUUUUCCGCGGCGUGCUACGAGAAGUAACGAAGGGAGGGCGUCCAGAGUUUCAGACUGCAUUUUAAACACCGUUCACAGUGCUCUUAACGAACAACGCGGACUAGAAUCAGGGAUGAGGCUGAUAUUCGAGCGGGAAAAGGGACCAGAUGAGUUCAGUCGGGAUAUCAGUGACCGACCCUAAUAGAGCGUCUGAUCGUAUCACGGAAAGCCAGUAAUCCAAGAUAGCUGUUUACACGAGCAAAUCAAGAUCAGACGCUCAGAUCUGAGUCAUCAGGAAAACAUGGUGCUGCUCCCCCCUCGAAAUCAACGUUUUUGCCUUUAUUUUUGCAGGGAAAAUCCCUAAUCGUCCUUAAAAGUAACACUGUGCGAGAUUUAAAGGCGUCUUAAAUAGGUUUAUCCUAUAUUUAUCUCGUUUUGAGCAUAAAUAUAUAAAAAGAUAUAUGCUUUAUAUAGUCCUUAGCCAGCAUUUAAAGUGGGCCAAAGUCGUCCUACAACCAAAACCACACUCGUUCUUGUCGUUAUUGAUGACUUUAAUAUAAUAAACCUCAAUAUGACUAUAAUGAUGACUUUUUUUGAUCCGCUUCCAAAAUGUUGACUACUGUAUAUGCAUAUAUUAUACAUAUAAUAAGGACAUCUGUAAAUCUCCCAGCUUCUAAAUGACCGAAAGUAAAGGAUUUUUAGAUAACACGGUCAAGAACAAAUAGACGCAAACACGUGGCGUUUCUUUAUUAUUUCGUAACCCAGUUUUUCCCCAGAUUGCUCCCAUGCAUAUCUGGAAGCAGUUGUUCGCGUGAUUUCCUCCAGAUUUCAGAUUCUCUCCAGCCCUUUUUCUUCCUUUCUUUACGAGAGCUGGAAGGAGGGAGGUUUAUAGAGGGUGAAGGCAUUUGCAGAGUUGUGCAAUUUCAUUGAAAAAUACGUGAGAGGAACGUGACGGGCCGAGCGGUCGCAGACGCACCGGACUCGUUAGAUGCGCGCCCGGCUUCGUUCAUCGCCUCGUAGUCUUCUGCUGUACAUAAAUCCACAUCCGAACCCCUCGACGCACCCAACUGUUUUCGCUCUUGUUUAAUGUCGAAGGCGUUACGACCGAGCGAGUCGUGAAUGAUUCGCCGGUUGUUUUCGUGUCGCGGAACGAGAAAGAGUAAAUCUACCUCUCUAGUUCUGAGAGCGUGUUUUUUUUUUCCGCCGUCCUUACAUUCUCCAGAAUGCUUUUUCUCUUUAACGAAUGCCAAAAUCUGUAUUCCGUGUCAAACUGUGUGAUGUAAAUAGUAGCUAUUUAUAUUUUUACAUUUAUAUUCAUAUUAAAAAAAAUGCUUUUGAAAAGUUGUAUUAAAGAACUGUUAACGUGA